ACGGAAGGGAACAGUAACCAAUAACAAUUUUCACGGCAGCGUUUUUAUUGUUAUUUUUUUUACUUUUAUUAACACCUUGGAACUCAAAAUAUUACUAAUGUAACUGCACAGCAUCACAUACUUACCACAGGCAGUGUUUAAUUCGCGUUGGAGACAGGACUUGGUUGAUAGAUGUUAUCAAGGUAACGCUAGCUAGCUGCUAACGUUAACUAACAAUGGCUAACUGUAGGCCUAUGGUUUUUCACACUCAAAUAGCCUCCAUUAUGGAAGUGCUAGCGAAUGCAGCCGUGGCAGAUAUCUGUAAACUCGUAGACGACGACUAUGCAGUCUUUCGUUUGGAAAUAACUCAAAGCCAGAAUGAAAAUAGGGCAUUGCGGAGGAAACUACAGCUAUUUGAACUGAAGGUGGCACGGGAGCGCGCAGAGAGAACAACGCGAGAACGCGUCCUCGCCAGUCGUCCCAGUGGUGUCAAGAUCCUCGACCGAUACAAAGGAAUGGGAAGAGGUGAAGGACAUCUCACUGGAGGCCACAGGAGCUUUGUGAAGCCAGCGGGACACAAUACAUGGACAGAUGACCAACCAAUCAAUGUUGAUGAGGGGAGUGGAACCUCAACCCAGCACGUUAUUGUGAUAGAGCCUGCAGAUGAAAAUGCGGCAGCUCCUGGUGUCAAGCUGGAGAGGACUGAAGGAGAGGAGGACCCACGGCACCAGACUGGAGCAGCAGCUGGAGUGGCGCCCCCUGUAGCCACUGAGGAACUCGCCGCCACCACUGUGCCCCAGGCCAGGACCCGACGCAGGAUCACGGAGGAGGAGGAGGGUCCAGAGGUGCUGCUGAUGAAGGAGGAGGGGUGUGAGGAGGGUCUGGGGAACCCUGAGGGGACCAUGGUCAUGGAGGACAACCAGACUACACCUCCUCCUGAACCCACAGAGGAACCAGCUGAGCAGCACAGGACCACACACAGUCACACUGAGUCAGUAGACAUGGAGGAUGGGAAGCCUGAUCUGCUGCUGGUCAAAGAGGAGACAAUAGAGGACGAACCAGAGAACAUUGAUUUGCUGAGUGGACUAAAGAUGGGGGAGCAAGGUGAUUGGCUGGAGGAUAACAGGGGAGACUGGGUGGCCAUCUUGGAUUCCCAGACCCAGACUGCAGCAGCCAAGGGCCCAGGGGACAACAUCACUGAGCAGGCCAGGACCAGAGGCGAGAUAGUGGAGGUCAGUGGAUGGGACAGCAUCCUCAACUCUGGGCUGGGGAACAACACUGUUAACCGCAACCAGAAACAGACAGUCGAACACAAAACAACAUCCGAACUUAGUCUCCAUGACAACAGACUGGCUGAGACCAGAACGAGGCGUAGAUUUGGUCUGCAGGGACAGGGAGGUGUCCGUAUGAGAACAGACAUGGACUCGGUUAGCAAUGCUCCAUCCUGCUCCUAUAGUUGUGAUUCAGAGAGACUGAUGGCGCCUCAGGUUAAACCCAUAACAGGUGCUGCCUUCAGCCUGCCUUCUAUAGGAUCUAUCAACUGGAACAUGGACCCUGCGACAACACAGACACUCCCUGGCCUUCAUCCUCCUCACACUCUCCUAAUGUUAAACCAGACCUCAGACAAUUCCAGUGCCUCAACACUAAAUGGCUACACAAGCCCAUUGACAAAUGACAAUAGUAGAGACGGAAUCAGUAAAGCUGGCAGUGCCAAAGAAAAGCGCUUCCCGUGUUCGUUCUGUGGGAAAGCCUUCAGUUUCCCCAAACAGGUAGAGAUCCACAAGAGGAUGCACACAGGGGAGAAACCAUUCGGCUGCCACCUGUGCCAGGCCAGUUUUUCUCAAUCGUCCAGCCUGAAUAGGCACCAGAGAGUCCACACAGGGGAGAAACCCUACAGCUGCCCCCAGUGUGAGAAGAGGUUCUCGCGCCAGCACCAGCUGAAGAUGCACCUGAAGGUCCACACAGGAGAGAGGCCAUUUGCCUGUGCGCACUGCGGGAAGAGGUUCUCAGAGAGGAGCUACCUCAGGAUACACCAGCAGAAAAUGCACACGGCCCAUGUAUAGAGUAUAGUGACAUGUAAUGUAGUACUAGUUAGUUUGUUUGUAGUUAAUUCUGUUGGUUUUGGAUGUAGUAGGGAACUGGAUGAGAUGAACUGAGGAAAGAAUGAGUAUAAUGAGGCAGAGUAGAUGAUAUGGUGAUGGUUGGUGUGAUGGUGUCUGUAAAAAUGCUUCACUGAUGAAAAGUGACAAUCCUGUCCUGUUGUUUGAUGCUGGUGUUUUAUUAUGAGUGCCUUCAUGUUUACUUGACAUAAAGUAGUGAAGAUGUGUGUAAUGUAAUGUUGAACCUUUUCCAAAGUAUUCUAGUUACCAUAGUGAGAAAAGUUAUUCUACAUGUCACGUAUCGUUUUGUGCAAUAAAAGUACUGUACUUCACGUUAUGUGAGUGUAUGACCAUUUUGUUGAAAUUAAAUACAAAAUGGACUGUG